UUUACUGUAGGCCAAGGCCGAUUCUCCGCGAGCAGCUCUAAGUCAAUUUACUCGUAUUGGAGAAUCGAGUUGCAUGUUGCAUGCUUUUUGAAAGUUCCCCCGGAUUGCGCCAGCAGCGAUAACACCUGAAUUGCUGCCAACAUGGCGCGUAUACAGAUGCUGCGAGCUUCGAGGCGAGCCGCGCUCGUAGUACUCGGAGGCGCCGCGGCGACUCAAGGACCUCUGCAAGUCCGAACAGCUUUCGCAGAAGCUCCUUCGAAAGAACAACUCCCAGAAAAGAAACCCAUUUACUCAUCAUAUCCUGCCACACCUACAGCUCCCACGAUUCCAUCAACUCCAGCAACGGACUCCAAACCACACCCGACUUCUCCCACCCCAACAGACCGAUUGACCGAGCAAGUCAAGAAUGCUAGGGUCUUCCUCUACCACCAUUCGCUCCUGGCCGAGAACUCCGUCAACGACUUCCUGACGUGGGCAUUCAAGAAAGAAACAAACUUCGCCAACACCAUUGCAUCUUUAGCACCAAAAGCCGAAACUGGAGAGCAAUUACUACCCGGAGCAAUCUACGUUCUGGUCGCUACUCUUGCCGGCUCAAUAGUAUCGCGCAACCGGAAUAUCUUGAUCAGAGCCAGCUUCCCAUUGGCAGUGGGUAUCACGGCAGGCUGGUUCUUGAUUCCGGUCACCAUGGAGAAUACGUCUAAUUUGAUCUGGGAAUAUGAAAAGAGAGUACCCGCAGUCGCAGAAACACACCUUCAACUUAGCAGCAUUGCCAAGGACACAUACCGGCAAGCAAGAGGGAUCGCGAAGGAGGCGACGCACUGGGCUGAUGAGACCGCCAACGAGACACGAAAAAGGAUUGAGGAUGUGGUUUCGAAAGGAAAAUAGACGGAGCUCAAUAUGGUGUUAUUGCUUCAAGGAAAGUUCGUGUAAGGAGCUAUCGGCUGCCGAGCGGCCGUAUGUACAGAAAAUGCAUUUCUUUUCAGACUUCAUCACAUCUGGCGACAGGCUCGUGUGAUCAUCCAAACCAGUACACAAGAG